UCGUCGUCAUCAACAUGGGAAUCAAGAUAUACGUACUCAUCGUAACCCUACACGCGAUUGCUGCUAACGGAAACGUUCCUAGCAGAACUUCACCUAAGCAAGCAACUCCGCUACCCUCGGAACCUCUAGUACUACACCUUGUACCAUCUUCUCUGGCUCCACCACUGCCAUUCAGGCAGUCAGAAGGCCAACCCCCACCUCUAAAUCUCCACUCUUUUGGAUCAUCUUCAUCUGCUUCAGAAGUUACUGGACCCCUAAUUAAAAGUUUUGGUGCUGCUACCCCAAAUUCUGCCACGUACUCCAGUCCUAGCUCUACGACACAAACUAUUUUGCUGCCGCCUACUUUACAGCAGCCAGGUCCUAUUAAAUUCUCUCCCGUUUUUGCUGAUGUGCAGAGUCCUGCUCAAAAAGAGAAACGGUUCUUAAGCCUAGGUAACACACUCAUUCCAUUACUGCAACCAUUCAAUUCAGGUCCAGGAGGACCACUCUCUCUGAUUCAUAUUCCUAUUCCUGCUUUAGUGCAUCAUCCAGGGAAUCCCGUUUCGAUAUCAUUUCCUACAACUGGCCUAACUAAUUCGAUUGUAUCGGCUUUUGGUUCAAAAUUUCCUUUCCUAGGAAUAACGAGUAAAAAAGAUGGUUUUCGCUCUUCUCAUGACCAACCUUCUUUAGCUUUAACAAGUCCCUCAGGAGUAUCCAGUUCUGCUCAUUCCCCGAUGUUUAUGCCUCUUGCAGCACCAGUACCAUCACCAACAAAUAAUAUAUUUCCGGAGCCUCAUUAUGAUUUCGGUUACAUAGUGAAUGAUGAACACUCAAGAAACAAUUUCGCUCAUCAAGAGACGCGAAGAGGUCAAGACACCUUAGGCUACUACGAGGUCUUACUACCCGACGGUCGUCUCCAGAGGGUGAGCUAUUCAGUCGAAGGUGACGGCGGUUAUGUGGCUCAGGUUGCUUAUGAAAACGCUUAGUUUUGCUGAAGUUCAGCUCUUCGCCUUCUUCCCUAGUCAUUCUGUGUCACUAUGAAGUAACAGUGUAUCAUAAUUCUCUGUAUCUUUAAGUUCUUCAUUUUUUAAUUUUUGUUUGUUUGUUAUUAAUGAAUGUGAGUUUUUUUUUAUUGUUGAAUACGUGUUUUUUUUCGUUAUUUGUUAUUGUUGAAUAGAUGUUUUUGUUAGUGUGUAUGUUUAAACCAAAUUGAAUCUGAUAUAGUUUUCCUUUUUUGAUUAACUAUUAUUUAUUUUACACUUUUCUGAGGAUUCAUUUAAGUUUUCUCAUUUACUAAUAUCUGGCUAUGAUAUCAAUGUUAAUUAUUAUUUUUGUUUUAGAGGGAGCCCCUCUUCUAGGGCGGUGUUAUUGGAAAUAAUUGCCGUUUCAGUGGCAUUCAGCUAAGAUAGUCUUCCCUACAUCUCUCUACUGAUGCCAGUGAUAGAGGAGAAGCUGGCACAAUGGUCCUUAAACUUUUUAUUACCAUGUCACCUCUAAGAGUUGGUCCUUCCUUCCACUUCCUCCUUGCAUCUACGAGUAAAAUUCACCCCCAGAUUUAAAGGAAAAUAAGUAAAAAAGAGAAAGAGAAGGGGUUUCGAGGGAGAGGGAGGGAGGUAAAUGAUUACAAAACAUGGUAAACCCAGAGUCCAACUAGAGUAAUAGACUAUGGGAAACUAACGUUACAGGGUGAUACUUUUGCAUUUUUUCAUAAAUAUCUGAAUAUUAGUUCCUCAGUCUUGUGAAGAGAAUAACGAAUAUAAUUAGAGAAUUAUUAUUUUUUUCGCUAGGGGUCGCGACUCCCCUGGAAAUUACUGACUAUCCUGCACUAUCCUGCUGAGGUAGCGGGAUAGUGCAUGCCGCUAGCGAUUAUAUAAGUCAAUUGUAGCAGAUAAAUAUCCCUAAAAGUUUACAGCUAGAUGAACAAGUGAAGAAAAUAUGCACAAGGAAAAACCUUAUAUAAAGUCUUCUGUAAUGAUAAGCUGUUAGUAAUGAACUCCUAUUAAUGAUUAAUGGAUAGAGUGCAAAAGGAGAGGAUAAAAGAUAAGAAAUAGAUAUCUCUUAGGAUGUUUUUAAAGGCAUGGAAUUGUCACCCUGUAAAAAUUAAUAACCUUACAUCAACUAAAUAAAAAAGUUAUUGUUUCCUUAA